AUGAGGUGCACCUUCUCUCUCUUCUGCGCCUUCAUUGCGCUUCUCGCGCUUUCUCUCGCAGCUCCGGACGCCAUCGACGCUCAAGAAGUGUCGACUCUUGCUACUUCUUCCGUGCAAGCAAUUCCCCAAGAAUCAUCGAUUCUUGGUACUUCUCCCGCCUCAGCUAGUUCCCAGAUAUCACCAGAAGAUAUCCCCUCCGAAGGCGAUUUGCUCGCCGAGCUCCAUGGCUUCACUAGCACAAACAUAACGUUGUCGACUGCCAGCUCCGACGUUCACGUUGCCGAUGUCGAGGAACAGUGGAAGCAUCUCAAAGGCUGGUAUCGUGUUGAUGUUCGCCUCGGCAAGGGAGCUACCCACGCUGGAACUUUCCAACAGGGACGGAUGUAUGAACGCAUCUACUCAAUCCUCAAGAAGUGCAAAAAAGGAUCUACCAUAGACGACUGCUCUAUUCGCAAUGCGGUUUUCCGGGAUGGAGACAACAAUUAUCGAACAGACUCGGCGCUCGUUCUCGAGAUUGAGCACGAGUACUUCAAUCCGGAUUUACCAGAUCUCCAGGACUUGGGAGUAAGCGUUGCCGUACUCUAA